CACCAAGUCCAAGUCGCAAAAAUGUAAACGCGUUUUCAGUGCCUUUGCUUAUAGUCUGGUAACCAAAGCGUGCGCAAGCGCUCAUCCAUCGCAAACGCAGCGCGAAGGCUUUGCCGUUGCCAUAUGGGAGGAACUCGGGGGUAUGCAAUCACUGGAAAAAUCGGGCAUUAUCAAGUGUGUUUUGCCUUCAGAAAGCGGAUCGGGCAGAAUUUGUGGGAAUUUUCCCGAAAGCAACCAAAACAGCAAUUACCAAGUGGGAAAAGGGUAAAAAAUAGCAGUUUUGCAGCUCCGCCCGGUCUGAAUCUGAAAAAAGAUUGUGGCAUUUUCGGCAAGGGCCGGCGGUGUGAUGCGUUUUAUAGCGGAAAAUGCGUCACCUCCGGGCAGCUCCAGCCGCUUGAAAAUUGAAAAAAAGCGCUGAAAAAAUGCAAUUUUUCGCAGCAUACAAGCGGCCGACAAAAUUUACCGAUUUUCUGCAGUCCCCGGAAGCCGCUUGGAAAUAGAAAAUGACAAUUUUUGCUGAAAUAGCAAAAGCCGCUUGGAAAUUGCCGCUCCAAGACGGUUUUUCAAAUUGUCACACGGCCCACACCGUCGAGAUUGGACGAAAAAAAAACAACUACUAAGCCUGCGGAGGUGUGUCACACGGGCACGGUUUUCGUCCUCUCUGAGGGUCGCGAAAUGAGAUCUCCUCCCGCUUAGAAAUGCCCGAUCUGGGUGGCCCAAAAGGGCAGCCGGAAAUGAAGAAAAUUGCAUGACUUUUCAAAAUUUGUGUAUUUUACCUGGCCACAUACCUUCCUGGCCAGGUGGCCAGUUUGUCAUGCAGGGGGCGAGAAAGGAUGCCCCGCUGCGAAAUAGCAAUCCGGAUUUCGCCUUCAAUGCUUAUCGCAGGAGCCUGCGAUAAGCUUUGAAUGCGAAUCCGGAAGCCCCCGAUGGCCCGCGAUAGAUGGCGUUUUUACUUUCCAGCGAUAGUGGGAUUCUAAUUAAAAAGAAAUGGUGGUGGCAGCCGCGCGGCUGGUUAGGCUUUCGCGCUGGUUAGAUUUUCGCGCACGCUUUUGGUUACCAAUAUCGCCCUCCGGGCGCGACCUUCAUAUUAGCUAUUUUCCAAGCUGUAAAAGCCUUUUUGGAAAAUGAAAUGUCGAGAUCAACUCAACUGGACAUAUGAGCUGCAAGGCAAUGAAUUGAACAGAAAAUAAAUGGUACUGGUCUGGAUUGUGCUGCGGCGUGGACGAAUUUUAGAGAGAAUUGCUACGGAUGGGG